AUGGCCUCGCUAGUCUCCAAGCAAACCACACGUGGUGCUGCCACUCAAUUUGUGGGGACAGAAGCUGCCUAUCCGGCUCAAGAACAGGAACAGAAGAAGGAACUUGCCAAGUUGAUUUCUGCUCAACAACAACAACAACAAUCCACUUUACAGCGAGACCCCGUCUACCUGUGGUCCUCUCUCUUUGCCGGUGUGGGGAGUGGCGCUCUCUCCUCGGUCAUUUGUGCUCCUUUGGAUUUGGUGAGGACACGCCUCCAAGUCUGGACGGAUCUCAAAAAGGCUCCCGCGUCGUCCUUGCGAGAAGCACUCGUCGACAUUGGACGCACUGAAGGUUUCACGGGAUACUUUCGAGGACUGGGAGCCGCUCUGUGUACCGUACCCGCCUUUUGGGGCGUUUAUUUUCCACUCUACGACGAACUGAAACGACGAUGGACCAUGGCAUCACCGGAAACCCAACCCAGUUUGGUCCACUGUGGAUCGGCCGUGGCGGCCGGGGCCGUGUCGGAUCUCAUUUGCAAUCCCAUGUUUGUCGUGCGGACGCGGUUGCAGACGGAAGCGUUGCACGGUGGGGGAGCACCCUCGGGAAUUGUACGGACCAUUCAAACGCUCCAUCAAGAAGGUGGAGUCAAAAUUUUCUGGAGAGGAAUGAGUGCUAACAUGAUGGGACUCUCCCACGUUGCAGUGCAAUUUCCUGUCUACGAGUGGCUAAAAACAGCUCUGGUCAACCAACGCAACAAUAAGGUAUCGGAAGGAGAACAGGUACUGGAACCAACUGCAUUGGAUUUAUUCUUGGCCAGUGGACUCAGUAAAAUGACAGCGUCCCUGUUGACAUAUCCACACGAAGUGAUCCGAUCACGAAUGAUGGAUGCUCGUGGGGCAGCCGGAAUGUCUCUGUUGCAGACCACCCGUCGAGUCUAUGCGCAAGAUGGCUUGUUGGGAUUCUACUCUGGUUUGCCUGUGGCUUUGAUUCGAGUGAUACCCAACUGUUGUAUCACGUUCAUGACCUAUGAACUCCUGUUGCGAAUGGCAAAGGAUGAAAUACGGAAACGAAAGGAAAAGGAAAAGACUGGGAGUUUGUAG